AGGCAUUUUAUCCAAUGGAUAAUGUGACUACCAUUAGAAAGGGAGAUAUCUUGGUAAGCUAUAUUAUAUAUAUUAGAUAAUAUAAAAGACCUUCAGUGAUUGUUACUUAGGUGAUCAGUAACAAGAUAAAGGGCUCCAAAGCUGAGAUCUCGAUCCUGAAAACGAGGCUUUCUAGUCAACACUGAGUACUUUACGGAAGUGUGUAUUGCAACUCAUCAACUCUCAUCCUCCUUGACCUGGGCUUAAAUAUGAUGUGUGUUUUUUUUGUUUAGGCUGCAAGAUGUACGUAUGACACUAUAAACAGUGGGAAAACACAUGCAACUAGAAUUGGGUUAGUACAUAAAUUGAGAAAACCCCAAAUAUGAUACGGUUUAUUCUAAAGUACUCUGUUGCGCUAUCCAGUUUGUUUUUGCGAUUUGUGUGUGAUUGGUAUAUAGUUUAUAAAAACUCGUUUCUUUUAUUGUCAGUUCAACAGCCUCAGACGAGAUGUGUAAUUUUUACAUGAUGUACUAUCGAGAUGCAAGCAGUAAUAUCGAAACGCCUGAAAUAUGUGCACAGCAAUAUACAUACGCGAGUCUUUACGAUUCCUUUCCGAAUGGUUCCGAUGUUGCCCUUCACUCUGGCCCAGGCCAUCAUCACCACCACCACGGUCACCAGAGCAGUCUAGAGGGGGAUGACGUCACGGAUAGUAAUGACGUCACAAACGUUGAUGACGUCACAAAUGUUGAUGACGUCACCGACCGCGAUAACGUUCCUACUGGUAAUGAUGUCAAAGGGAAUGUGAAAGGCGUCACAAGCAACAAACCCACAGUCCAAACCACGAAUUACCAACAAGCCCGAGAAUCAACCAAUGGGAACCCAACGACAGAAACUACACAACCCUCGCAAGUGAAAACUUCACGUUCUGUUACACAUGACGUCACUAGUGACAUCACAACAAGUACGUCUGUUUCCGAGCAGACUACGAGACCCUCCGAUCUUGUGCAAGAUAAAAGCACCAGACUGGACUUGAAAGUAUCCACUAAAAAUGGUCCUCGAACUACGAGAUCAACCGAGGAAUCAAAAUCGAGCCAACCGUCUCUUGACAGUGACAAACGUGGACAUCAGUCGCAAGUAAAGACCUCCGAAAACAAUGAGAGGACGAUGUUUAAUGUCUCUGUGGUAGACUCGUGGCCGUCUGCUGUUACUGAAGGCCUGGGGCAAGUGACUGGUUUAGCUGUGGAUUCCGCUGGUCGAUUGUUUGUGUUUCAUCGCAGUGAACGUAUCUGGGAUUAUGAGUAAGUUGAGAUUUAUAAAUUUAUGGGUAAUUCGUCGAUAUAGCUUUGGUAUAUGCAGAGUUAUCAGGAUUAUUUUUCGCUCGUAACCUUCACUCGAAAUGUUCAUCACACGUUUUAAUAUAUGUAUUUAGUAUAUUCAUAAAAGUCUACAAUCAAGUGCAAAUGCUGUAAUUUGAUUGGCUACUCUACUCGCUAUCCAUUUCUCUAUAGAUGGCGAGUAGCAAAACAAUCAUUUUCCUGGUUCUGAGGUCUCUGCGGAAUAUUUUAUGUUUGAUCUCUGAUUCUACUAAAACAAUUAAAUUACGAUCUCUCGAUUGCUUUGAGGUGAUAUUUGAUUCGGGUUUCGCCCUCAUCAACUAUCACCUCAUAGAAAUGUCGAGCUCGUAAUCUAAUUGUUAAAUAGAUCUAUGUAUACUGGAUACAAAACUGUUAUUUUUCACAGUACGUUCAAUGAGGACAACUCGUUCCGGAAUCCGAAACUCCGCGGUCCUAUCCGCGGUCCCACCAUCUGGAUAUUGGAUGGUAGCAGUGGUGAUGUGCUGGAGAAACAUGGUGAAAAUAUGUUUUAUUUACCGCAUGGUUUAACCAUCGACCAUCAAGAUAAUGUGUGGCUCACUGAUGUUGGUCGUCAUCAGGUAGGAACUAGAUAGUCAGGAGCCAAGCCUGAAUUCCCUAUAAGGGACAUAUGUAUUUUGACAAACCUGUAGCAGACUUGUAGCAUUGAUGUGUUCGCAUUGCUUGUUCCCAGCUUGUUGACAACUUGCUGCAAGGUUGUUGAGCUCAACUGACUUGUUACAAGUUGUUCCAACAACUUGUUAUCGUCCUGCAAUUCAACAAUUUGUCAACAAGUUGUGAGUGACAAAUUUGCAGCAACUUGAUAAAAUAACAGCUUACAACUUGUUGACAAGCUUGCUACAAGCCUGUUGCGAACACAUCUUGUUGACAAGUUGUGAGAUUUUCUCGUGUGUAAGUGGAUAGUUGGGUCAAGUUACUAAGGAAAGAAAUGACUGAUUAAUAUUUGUUUUUUAAUUCUAGGUGAUGAAAUUCCCGCCUGGCGAAUUCGAGAAACCAAGUCUAGUUUUGGGUGAAAAUCUUGUCCCAGGAUCAGGUUUCAAACAUUUCUGUAAACCUACUGAUGUGGCGGUGGAGAAAUCUGGCAUCUUUUAUGUUUCGGAUGGGUAAGGCAUACAGUAUCGGGGAGUGGCCGGGGUCUGUGUUUUUAUACGAUGUGGUCGACUACAAAUCAUAGCCUAUUAAGAUAUGAUAGUCUGGAAACUAUCCAGAAGUCAUUGUGCCAUGUUUUUGACAGUAUGUUAAUUUGUGUACAUUCAGGGUGAUUGAGCUCAUUGUAUUUUCGUAUAAUGAAGUAAUCAUCCAAUAGGGAUAGCUGAGAUGAAACGUGCAACCACGAUGAAUCAUAUUUAAUGAAAUUGAGACAAAAGAUUUGUGCGUGGUGAGGUACAGUUCAACAUCAAACAAAGCUCUUCUAUUUUGUGACUUUGAAAUCUGCUGGGCUUCCAGACCAUCAUAUCUUGACAGACUAUACAAAUGUGUUGACACUGAUAGGACAAUGUCAGACAAAUGAUUUUCUUUCCAUCAGAAAUGCCUUGCUUCAACAUUUUAAAUUUUUUUUUUUCAAGAUACUGCAAUGGUAGAAUAAUGAAAUUUUCACCAGAAGGUGGUCUUAUGAAAGUAUGGGGGAAACCUUCGCUUCGAGGUUGUAUGGCAAGAGAUAUACACAGCUAGUCUUGAGCAGUUAGUGAUACUACUGUUCCCAAAUAUUAAUAAAUUUAUCAUUUUCUAUGCUUUUCCUAGAUCCACUUCCAAGUACGUUCGACAUACCUCACAGCCUGGCUCUGAACGCGAAACGAAACAUGCUUUACGUUGCUGAUCGGGAGAAUGGCAGAAUUCAAUGUUUUGAUUCUGAAGGAAAAUUUCAUAAGGAGAUUUCUUCUCCAAAAUUCGGAGGUCUCGUAUUCGCAGUCGACUUCAAUAAACAGGGUAAGCUACUACAAACAUUUCACUACAGUCAAAUCCUGCGAACACAUUUGAAAUCUCAAAUAUGUGGUUAUUGUAAUAAUGUAACAUUUGGACCACGCUGCGUUGUGUUUAAGUUGUGCUGUGUUAUGUUGUGUUUAAGUUGUGCUGUGUUACGUCAUGUUGUGUUUAAGUUGUGUUGUGUUGUGUUCUGUUGUAACUUGUAACUUGUGACGUGUGUUGCUGUGUUGUGUUGUGUUGUAGUAUAGACCCAUUGCACUGACAUCACAAAUCCUUAGAGUUUAUUCCAGACGCUCCCUAACAAUAUCUGUUCGGUUACAACAAUCACAUACUGCGCAAAAACUAACCAUUUUAAUACAAAAUUAUUAUAAAGUUUUACAAAAUUUGCUUUGUUUACAAAAGUUAUAUUAUGCAUAAAUUGCUAAUUUGUCCUCCAGAUGCAUCGUCACCGGCGCUGUGACGUCAUGAGCAAUGGGUCUAUUGGUUGUGUAUAUCUAAAUCAUAUUUUUACUCUAAUAUAGAUGACGUUCUGUACGCUGUGAACAGUGGAGGGGAAGCCAAGGUCCAAGGAUUUACGAUCAAUCCAAAUACAGGAAAAAUCAUUGCUUCCUGGAGCCCUCACGGUCAGGUAUGAAUAAACGCUUGCAUUUGAUUUACUUAGAGAAUUUGUUUGCCUUGAAAUAGAAGAGUACGCGGGUUCUGAUACAACCGUAACAUGGAUACAUUUAAUAUAUGCGCGUUCUAUAUAUUUUACUGUAGGGUUUUUCUCAGCCUCACGCUGUCGUUUCAAAUGGUUCAAGUAUUUACGUUGCCGAGAUCGGUCCAAACAGAGUGUGGAAAUUUGAACACCAAAGUCCAGGUUAGCUCUCGAUAUAUACUUCCUUGUGGCCGUUUAAACUAAGUCCAAACUAUUUUUUCUGUCUUUAAAGGCACAGUUCAGCCUUUUGAACGAUGGUUUUUAAGGCGCAUUUCAGCCCUUUUAAUUGAAAAAACUAACUAGGAAAAUCAAGUAUAAUUCAAAAUCAGUAAACUCGAUGUUUUUAACAAUAAAAAUGUUUUAAAAUGUUAAAAACAUUGAGUUUGGUGAUCUUGAAUUAUGCUUAAUUGAUUUUCCUAGUUAGUUUUUUCAAUUAAAAGAGCUGAAAUGCGCCUUAAAAACCAUCGUUCAAAAGGCUGAACUGUGCCUUAAAACACAGGCCUGAGGCAUUUCAGUUGAUUAUCUAUUGUUUUUAAUGCGUUCGGCACAUGAGAAGCGCGACGUUUGAAACAGGCCACAGUUUUUAAACUGUCGUACAGGUAAGAUGAAGAGUGUGUCUAAGAAAUAGAGGAAAACAAGUUCAAAUUUUCAAAAACGUUUUUGAGUUUUUUUUUAAGCUUUCUGGAAAUGCAAAAAAAUGAGUUAGGCAAAAAAGUUAGUAAGCUGUCGAAAUGCUAUGAUUAAUUAAUUUAGGCUACGUUUCCAGUUUUCCACUAUACCAGAUAGCUUUCCAUAGCGGCGCGGAGAAGCACCUAUCCGAUACGGAAUGUACAACUUUCAGAAGCUGAGCGAAACAACAUCUCUACGUUGCAAUAAUUCCUCUGAAAAUAGCGUUCCUAAAAGGUACGGAGAGGUGUUUUUUCACGUCGCUACGGGAAGCUAUCCGGUACAGGGUAAACGUAGCCUAAUUAUUUCAAUAUUCACUCUCCUAUAGUUUCACCAAAAGACCCGAACUUCGCUCGCGAACUCAACGCUGCUGUCCUGGAACCGAAUCCAACACAAGAUUCUGACGACGCUUAUACGGACAAGCACGACAAUUUUCGAAAGAAGCCCGAACCUAGCAAUCGCCCUGGCUUGAUAAUAUUAGGGAUACUAAGUGUCCCUGUUUUGAUACUGAUCGUGGUUGGUUUGGUAAGUAGAGUAACCCGGCGUAACCGCAGUUUACCCAAGUAUGAUAUGAUGGAUGCCUCCCUGGGGAAUUACUCGGUUCCUAGAGAUUGGUGCAAUUCUAUGAAUUGCUGCAAUAGACAAUAUCGUAAUAUGGAGGAGCUUUAUCUCAUGGACAGCGACAGUGAUUUGGAAAUAUACCCCGAUGUACACGUGGACAGAAAGUGAUCGGUGCAUGAUUGGCAUAUAAAUUCCCGUGGUGGUUUGAAUUUUUGCCAUACACACCGACACGUAAAAAUCUCACAGCUUGACAACAAAGAUGUGUUUGCACUGCUUGUUCCCAGUUGUUGGCAAGUCUGGAACAACUUGUUAUCAUCUUGUAUGUAUCAAUGUUGCAUGAUGAGGCCAACUGACUCGCAACAAUUCACUGCAAAAAAUGAAAAGCUUAUUUUAAGAAAAAAAAACUUGUUUUGAGCAAAAAUUUCUUAAUUUAAGCAAAAUUAUCUUGUCCCAUACAUAGGAAAAUUUUUCUAGAUAAGAUUUUCUUGAUCGAGAAAAAUUUUCUUGAUUUGAGAAAUUUAAUCUUACCAAGAAAAAUGAUUUAAGAUAAUUUUUCUUUUUGUCCCA